GUGGCAACACCAUUACAUCAUAUGUUUUGGUUAGGUGCCCAAAAAAUAAGCGUGCCUCAAUAAUAAAAAAAUAAUAGAAAAAAUAUUGUAAAAACGCAAAAAAAUACUUAAACGAAAAUGGCUGUUCUACCUCCCGAUCCUGUAUUUACGCUUCGAUGUGCUGAAAUGGGACCCGUGAAUUCAUUAUGCUUCCAUCAAAAUGAACGUCUAUUGGCCGGCACAACCAAAGGAAAAAUUUUCUUAUGGGAUCUACAAACAAACCGGUCGAGCCUGCAUUUUGAAAUUGGCCAAGAGCCUAUUACAGCGCUGCAUCACACCGACGAUAUAUUGAUAUCCCAGGAGAAGGGGGGCACCAUUACACUAUGGAGUAUGACGAACACAGGCUAUAAACGUGAAGUUGUCAUACCGGCAAAUUAUGUGGGCUAUUGCCGUUCGGUUCUUUAUAGCAAUGCAAGUAGCAACGACGACCACAUGUUAUUCUAUCCCUGCGAUGAAAAUUCCAUUGGGGUAUUACACACCAAUGAUGCUGAAAAUUCCGCACAAAUGCUAAUUCCCGAUGAUGCCCAGUUACCCAAAUUAGGGACUGUAAACUGUUUUAAACCUUUUGAACAUGCCUCACAACUAUUUUGCCUAGCGGGCUAUGAAAGUGGUCAUUUUGUGACCUGGGAUCUUAGUUCGGGCAUGAUAGUUGACAUUGCACAAGUUGAGGCAGAUCCCAUGGCAGUGGAUUAUGAUGCCUUGACAAAUAGAGGAGUUAUUGGUGGACCGGGCGAUAAAGUAACAACAUUCUCCUUUCAAAGGCAAUCAAUGAGAUUUCAGCGAUCAUCAGAUAUAGCCCUUAAGAAUUCCGGACUCAAUUGUAUACGAAUACGUAAUGAUCAAAAAGUUUUUUGUUCCGGAGGUUGGGAUGGUAGAGUGCGAAUAUUUUCCUGGAAAAGUCUGCGACCAUUGGCUGUUCUAACGGAACACAAAUCGGGUGCCAUAAUGGAUAUUGCCUAUUCAACGGGGCCAGUGUUGCAAUGGAAAGCACCCAUAAUGGCAGUGGCUGGAAUGGACAGCCAGAUUUCCUUAUGGAAUCUAUACAAUUGAAAAGCCGCCACCACUUGUUUUUUUAUGCACACACUGUAAUUAUCUAUCUAAUCUAUAGUUUACCUCAUUAACAUAUAAUGAAAUACAUACAUAUAUAAUAUGGAAGGGCGUUGCAAGGUGGCAGCCGCAGAAGAAAAGAAAUAUGCACCCAGUUUUUACAGAUAUCCGCAAAUUACGUUACAGUAAUGAUCUUUUUUUUUUUCUUAUAUCAAUUUCGAAUAAGCGAAUAUUGAGUAUUCUGUUUGUUGCAGUGCUACAAAAAAUUGUAUACAAUACAUGUUUUUACUUUAAUUUUACAUAUUACUGAAAUUAUUUUAAUAAAUAUUUUAUUUUAAACGUU